AUUAUUUCUACAACACAUACCAUUUCUUUUUCCUCAAAUUUUCUUCUAUUUUUCUUAAGAAAAUGGCCAAAAUUGGCAUUUUAACAUUAGGUUUCAUAUUUGUUUUUUGUAACAUUUUGGUUAGUACUGCAAAUGCCUUCUCUGCUUCUGGAUGGAUGAGUGCUCAUGCUACUUUUUAUGGAGGAUCUGAUGCUUCUGGCACAAUGGGGGGUGCUUGUGGCUAUGGGAACUUGUACUCAACAGGUUAUGGUACAAACACUGCUGCAUUAAGUACUGCAUUGUUCAAUGAUGGGGCAUCAUGUGGUCAAUGUUACAAAAUUAUGUGUGAUUAUAAUCAAGAUUCUAGAUGGUGCAUAAAGGGAGCAUCUAUAACAAUUACAGCCACUAAUUUUUGUCCACCAAAUUUUGCACUUCCUAGCAAUAAUGGUGGAUGGUGCAAUCCACCAAGGCCACAUUUUGACAUGGCUCAACCUGCUUGGGAACACAUUGGUAUUUACAGAGGUGGCAUUGUUCCUGUCAUGUACCAAAGGAUUCCUUGUGUGAAAAAAGGUGGAGUUAGAUUUACAAUAAAUGGAAGGAACUAUUUUGAGCUAUUAAUGAUAAGCAAUGUAGGAGGGGCUGGAUCAAUUCAAUCAGUACAAAUUAAAGGUUCAAGAACCAAUUGGAUGGCAAUGGCUAGAAAUUGGGGGGCCAAUUGGCAAUCAAAUGCAUUUCUUAAUGGACAAUCUUUGUCAUUUAAGGUCACAACAUCAGAUGGUGUCACUAAAACAUUCUUAAAUGUUGCUUCAUCCAAUUGGCAAUUUGGGCAAACAUAUUCAAGCUCUAUUAACUUUUAAUUU